GGAGGAGGAGGAGGAGGAGGAAAGGGCAAGUCCUGUGCCAUGCAUCCCUUUGGCUGUCACCAGGAGGGAUUUCGACCCAUGUCCUGUGCAGAGGGGGGCCUGGAAGGGGCCUUGUAGCACAUUCUCCAGCGGUUCUUCCUAUGCAAUAAACCAGCUACAAUGUCCUUUAGGGGUUGAUCCCCAAGAACCGAAAUCGGAUAUUGUUGAGCCUGAGAACCUGGAAAAUUGUUCAGAAGUGAAAGGAGCCGACGUUGGGGGAAAGUUGCUUUACCUUGAAGACCCUCUUAGACCAGACGGAGGUUCUGAGGAAGCAGAAGCUCCUCUUGAACAGAUCAGCCUUCCUGUUCCAGGGGAACCUGAGCAAGAUGUCCUCGUUCCUGAGGGGAGCGGCUGGUCUGGUCACCUGGCUGAGAAUCCCCCCUGCAGGGAGGCAAGAGCCAGCCCCGGGCUGACCCUCCUACAGCCUGGGAACGUUGCUGUCAAGCUCCCCGUGGAGCCAAUGGAUGACUCUGCUGAGGCCCUGCAAUGGCCUGAAGGGGAUGAUGGGCUCCAUUGGCAGAUUCCGGCCUCUGAAGCUGAAGGAGAAGAGAGGGGCCGGUUGGGUCCUUCCAAGACGGAGGGUCUUCACGAAAGAAGGGACGCCUCGUGCUUCCAUCCAGCUGAACAGAGAGCGAACGGGGCCCAGAGCAGGGAAGCCUUUAGGGAACCAACUGAGGAAUUGGCCACCCGAAGACCACGUCAUCCGCCCAUUCAAGAGGCCACUGCUGGACCACGGAAGGGCAUGGAGAUGCUGGAGGUGAGUCUGGAGGGACCCACGUCCUCCCAUCGUGACCAAGGCCGUCCUGUGAGGGCUGCAUCCUCCCCAGCAGGGACAGAGGCUGCAGGGGCCUCUUGUUCAAGGAAGGGCUGGAAAAGAGCCGCAGAAGCACCGGAGGAGCCGGGUGGGGGGGAAGUGGAGCCUGAUCCCGUCAACUCGUCCGGUCGGCCUGCAAACUCCCCUUCGAAAUCAGCUUCGGAAUCAGCAGAUGAUGGCAGGGCUGCCUGUAAGGACCAGGGCUUCAUGGAAAACACCCGCCAGGACUUGGACCAAGAGGCUUCUUCCGUGGCUGGCAGACCUCCUGGGCAGCCGGACACGGCAACUGUGGCUUCACCCCGUGGAAAAGCAGCUCAGGAGCUUCCGGGAAGUGAGUCGUCCAGCAGUCCCCCUUCAGGAAAAGGGGAACGCGCUCAGAAGGCAGGGAUGGCGCUGCUGCCGGGCCAAGAGAGAGCGUGCCAGCUGGGCAAUGGCCCGGAGGCCCCUGCAGGGUGGAGAGGAGGCUUCGGGUGCUCGGAGCCCUGCGAGGCCCUUUUGCAGGAAGAAGAGAAACCGAAGAGCCCCCCUCCUAGGAAGAGGCUCCAACAGGAGGACUUGGAAGGCGCUGCCUGUCAUCCAAAAAAGCUCUGCAAGGGGGGUUCUGCUUCAGUUGGGGGCUCUGCCAGGGAGCCAGCGGCAUCUCCUGGGGCGGCACCUCCUCCUCCUUUGCCUCCUCUGAAGGGGAGCCUCCAGCAAUUCGGCCAAACGAUAGAGAAGUUCCUUCAUCAGUGUACAAACCGGCUCCCUCCGUGCUCCGACCCCACGGACAGAAAGAGAGAGGCGAUUGCUCGGAUGGUGAGAAAUUACUUUCAGAGCAACGGUGACUCCAACGAACCGGCAGCUGAAACGGGGGAAGCAGGAGCGCCUGCAGGCUCUUCCGCCAGAGAAGAGGGCAAAGGCUCGGGGGGCCCCGGGCAGGAGGACGUCUGCCACUUUGAGGAGGAGCCCUUCCCCAUGGAGGUGGGUUCUGCACUGGGGGACUCGGGCUGCAGCUCUCCUGUUGAGUCGCCAAAGGCGGAACCCCCGGAGGGGCCCUUGGAAGAAGAGCCGGAGUCCUCUUGGCCUUCGGGCAUCUCUGCUCCUUCUCAGAGCUCCGGACCUUCUCCCAGUCCACGCUGGAGCCAUUCAGACCAAGCGCUGGACGGCGCCUCCGGAGGCUCUGGCAGCCUCUCGGAAGCGGAGGGGAAUUCUCCCUCCGAUGGAGACUGUGAGGAUGAAAACUCGGGGAGGCCCACAAAGGCAGCCGUGCUGUGGCAGGAAGACAGGCAGGCUGCCCCAAGGGACACUCAGCUGGAGUCUGUCCGAACCCUCAGCCCCUCUGAGCAGGAGGCUCCCGGCUGUUGGCUGCAGCGUGGAGAACCGGACGGAGGAGACGGACCUGAUGGCUCCGCCUGCCGAGAGGAUCCUGUGGAGGCCCCGGAGGAGACGGCAGCUGAGGACUACCGGAGGGGGAUGCCGGCCAAAGGAAGCGUUUUCCCGUCAGGCAGCCCCGGAGGCCCCCCUGGCCAAGAUAAGAGGGAAAGUGCUCCGAGGGAGCCAUUCCCCCAGGAUCCCUGGGAAUCCAGCCCCGAAACGUCUCUGCAGUCAAGUGUGGCUCCUUGUGAUCCUCCAGUGAAAAUGGAGCUGACCGAUGAAGAACCUGAUGGCCAAGAUGGCAGGAGAAAGGAGCCUCCUCCUCCUCCUCCAUCAGGAAGACCCCCUGUGGCCUCUGCCCUGGGGGCUGACAGUCCUGAGGAGGGUCCUUCCAUCCCUCGCCCCCACCCGACUCCUGCCCAGGGGGCCGCUUUGCUCCUGGUGAAGGAAGAAGCUGGGCAGGAAGACGAGGCGCUGCCCUCCGUGGGGGCCGAGUCCUCCCUCUGCGCUCCCUGCCCCUCCCAGGCUGUGGAGCUGGGCUCUCCUGGGAAGGAGCUUGGCAGGCCUGAGGGUGGGGCAGGACAGGCCGCCUCCCACCAGGCCCCCCAGGAAGCCCCGUGGGUCCCGGGCACGUCGGCUUCUUUCCCAGCGACCGACGCCUGCGGUGAUGGAGGCCCCCACAGUGCCUGGCCUUUGCAGGGUGAUGGGUGCCCCCUCAGGCGGAGUCCCUUGGCAGACACAGGACUCCACUCUCAGGCCCCCCAGGAAGAAAAGAGGCAGCUUUGGCCUCUCCUCUCGCAUCCCCCAUCUUCUCCUCCACCCUCUCCCUCCGUCUCUCAGCAUUCACUCCUCCCCAAAACCUCGGCAGACGAGCAGCCCGAAGUCCCCCGGCCCCUGUCUGACUUUGGGGGCGGAGCGCCCGGCAUUCCCUGCCAGUCGGAGGAGGCAGGGCUGGCGGAGCCUUCGGAUGCCGAGUGCCUGCGCGUGGCAGCCGCUGUCUCCUCUUCUGCACCACCCCAGGUCCAGGAAGGGGUCUCCUUCUUCAGAGACCCUCCUGCUCGGACAGAGCCUCACAGCAGCCGCCUCUGUGGAAGCGCGGCCGAGUGGGCGUCCUCCGAGCAAGACGUGGCCUUCCAGCUGCAGGAGUGCCAGUCGGUGCUGGCAGAAAUCCUCCAGGCCUUGAGUUCGGUAGAAGGCGUUGACGAGGCCCACGUGGAGAAAUGGAGGGACCAGAUUGCUGUCCUCCAGAAGGCGACCAAGAUGCCCCAGACCCACAUAGCCCUGGUGGGGAACACGGGGGCCGGCAAGAGCUGCUUGCUCAACGCCCUGCUGGACGAGGAGGCCAUGCUGCCCACCUCGGCCAUGAGAGCCUGCACCGCAGUGGUGGUGGAGAUCGCCAGGGGCGCAGAGGGCAGCCCGUAUGAAGCCGAAGUGGAGUUCCUCUCCCGGGAGGAGUGGAAUAAGGAGUUGGAGGCCCUCCUGGAGGACAUGAAGGACAAAGCCGGCAAUCUGAAGAAGCGCUGCCCGGAUCGCAAGACGGAAGCCGGGGCUGCCUACAGCCGGGUGAAGGCCGUCUACGGGAGAGUGGACGAGCUGGAGAAGCUGGAGGACAAGCAGGGGGUGACCCAACAUCUCGGAACGGUCAAGCACAUUUAUGCCGAGACAGCCGCAGACUUCCGUAUGGAAAUUGAGAAAUUUAUCGAUUCUCGCACCGACCAUUUGCGUGAGAUGAAAGGUGGGGAGUUUUGGCCCAUCGUGAAGUGUGUGAGGAUCCGGGUGGCCAAGGCUGAGGUUCUGAGGACAGGAGCCGUGCUGGUGGACCUGCCUGGGACCCGAGACUCCAACGCGGGCCGGGACACGGCGGCCCAAGAGUACCUGAAGGACUGCAAUGCGGUCUGGGUGACCGCCAGCAUCACUCGAGCCGUGGACGACAAGACGGCCAAAGAGCUGCUGAGCGCCAACUUCCGCCGGCAGCUGUUUAUGGAUGGCCUCUACGGGAGCCUGGCCUUCGUCUGCACCAAGACCGACAGCUUCAGCAUCACGGACAUUGUCAGGGACCUCAACCUACAAGAUCAGAUCCGUCCCCUGGAAGAGGAGUUGCAAGAGCUGGAGCGCCAGAGGACUGAAGCCGAAAUGGAGAAGAAGAAGCUUUACGCACAACGGCAGCAGCAGCGGCAGGAGCCAGUGAGGAAGGGAGGUGCGGAGGGAGAUUCCGCCUGGUUUCAGAGACAUGACAUCUUGGAGAAGGAGUUCAAAAUCUGUGCCUUGCAGAGGGAGAAGGAGGCCAGGCUCCGGGCCAUCAGCCUGAUUUGCGUUCAGGCCCGGAAUGCAUUUUCCAAGCAGCGGAUUUUGAUGGACUUCAGCGCUGGUCUCCAGGAAGUGUCCAGGAGAGCUGAGGGUGAAGAAGAUGGUGAAGAAGAGAUGGACGAGGGGGACUCGGCUGGAGAGCAGCCUGCUAAUCUGGAGGUUUUCACGGUCAGCUCUACGGAGUAUCUCAAGCUUGGUGGGAAGUUGCUCUGCAAUGGUCAGCCUCAAGUUUUCCAUGAGGUGAAAGACACAGAGAUUCCUGCGCUGAAGAAGUUUGCGAUGGACACAGCGCUGAAGCACAGCAUGGUGGCAACAGAGAAGGUCAUCCGGGACGUAGCUCGUGUCCUAAGCCAAAUGGUGAAUUAUCUCAACAGCCAGAGAACACAGGCCGAUGCUCGCCAGGCCCAGGUGCAGGAGAUGCUGCAGCAGGCCCUGCAGGGCCUCCCUGCCCUCCUCCAGGGGGUCCUCACUGCCAGCUCUCAGGACCUCCGGUAUGCCUUUGAUGCCCUCAUCCUGGGCAGCCUGCAGAACGGUGCUGAGAGUGCCAAGCAGCGCUGCGAGGCCAUUGUCAAAGGCUGGGGCUCGCCGGUGCUUGGCUACCCCCACGUGACCUAUCGGGCAAUCUGCAACCACCGUGGCGUUUACACCUCUCCCAAGUGCCACUCUGUGGAUUUCAACAAAGAACUGGCCGGGCCCCUCCUGAAGGUCAUCUCUGUGGCCUGGAACGAGGUCUUCAGCUCCAAGCUGCUGAUCUCCAUCGAGGCCUUCAGGGCUGCCCUCCUGGACCAGCUGAGCUCCUUCUUCAGAGGCCUCAAGAAGAAGCUGCACCCAGACGGUCCGGUCGCCAGAGCCCUGUGUGCGAUUCACACUCAGCAGAUGGAAGCCGCUCAAGCACGGCUGUUCAACUUCACCCUGGAUCAGGUGACCUCCAUUACAAGAAAGCAACGGGCCGUCUCCCGGCUCUUGAUACCGGCGAUUCAAGCCGGCAUGGAACCAGCCUAUGCAGCCUGCUCCCAACUCUCCGGCCCGGGGUAUUUCCGAAGGAUGAAGGAGGAGAUGGAGCAGUUCGUCCACCUGCAGAAGGAGGCCAUCUUCCACUCGGCAGUGGAGAAGAUGCGGCAGCAACUGGAGCGCCUGCAGCAAUCCAUCUACUGCAGCUUGCAGAGCGUGGCCCAGGAACUGGCCACGUCCAUCAGGAUGCAGUUCGAGCCGCUGCUGAGGCCGGUCCGGAGGAACAAGGAGAUCCUUCCAGCCCUUCAGCGUCUCUGUGCUAAAGUGGACAAGCUUUGCCAGCGCUCGGGGGUGGAUUACCUGCUUCCCACGGCUCUGCAGCCAGAGGAGCGGCCUCCCGCAACGGAGGCCCAAGAGCCGGGCGGUGGGGAUUGCGCCCUCUCUCCGGCCGGGUCCGUGGAUGUCCGAGUCGGAGGCCUCCCUCUGCCCCACCUGGCGGCCAUUGAGCAGCAGAGCAUGGAGAGUGCUGAGCCGCCUGGGCCCCCAGUGCCUUCUGCCCCUGAGCCCAUCGCAGACCCUGGCACGGCUGGGCAGACGCCACAAGGCCCUCUCCUUCUUCCCUGGCAGCCCCAUGGCAGGAAGAGAGCAGGGGAGGCCGUCCUGCCGCAGCUGGAGAAGAAGACCAAGCCUGACCCCGUGGCGCCAGCCGGAGUCCCUUGGCUGCCGUGCAGCCAGAGGGCAGAAAUGAAGCCCCCGUCCUGCACCGCAGCCUUCCUGGGGAGCUGCAGCCCAGGAGCCUCCCGUCCAGACGGCCCCCCGUGCCCGAUGGCCGAGAGCCCUGAGGAGGGGGAGCCGCUGGCAGUGCCCUGUUCCGCAGGGCUCCUCUGGGUCGCAGCCAGCCAGGGAAGGUGCAGGAAGCCCCCAAGCGCCACUGUGAAGGAAGAAGAGGCGAGUCUCCCCCCUGAGAAGACUCAGGUCCCCCGUUGGCUUUGAGACGCGGCUCUCCCACCUCUCUGGACACACACAGGCACCGCUCAAGCCGGGGGAGGGGUCCGAGCCUCCCCCCAGGUGGUCUCCUGACUGCCAAAAUCCUAUUUCUGUGCAGAACCCAAGUGGCCUUCAUCCCUCCUCUCCUUUCCCUGCAGAGCUUUGGCCUGGAAAUGCAGCUCUUAAAGGGAGCAUCCUGGGCUGAAGUAGGCGGACGAUCCCCAUCACUGGGAGCUUAACAGGAGAGACCUAGAAAAGAAUGGCAUGGGGGGGGGGCGAUGGUUACAAGCACGGGAAGAGGGCUUCGAGGCCACAGCCCCGUCUCCUGCCCACAGCUGCUGAAGGAGGAGGGGAAACACCAAACACUGCCAGGCAGCCUUCUGCCAAUUCCCCUUGCAUUGAAUUCUCUGCAGUUCUGAGUUCUGUGAAUUCUCUAGAUCAGCAUUCAGUAAGUUUAAUAUAAGUGGACCUCCAAUUCCCAGAAUUCCCCAGCCAGCAGGCAUUGAAGUCCACAUAUCUUCAAGUUGACCACAUAUCUUAUGCUGGCAUGGUUCUUGUUGUUGUUAUUAUUAUUAUUAUUAA